UGGAAGGACUUAUUUCGAUCGGGCUUCCCCUAGUCUAGUGUUCCGAAAGGAUUCCAUUUUUGCUAGGAAGGAUCUCUCACUCUCUGGGUCGGGCUUCUCUUCCCUGCAACUUUUUCUUGGCAAUCCUUCCUCCUCGCAGGCUCGCCCACACCACACCAUCCACCGCCUCCGCCUCCGCCUUCACCCCCCGCUCCGGAAAGGCGCGGCUGCUGGUCUCUCUAGGGUUCGUCGGCCCGGCGCGGGGGACCCGUGCUUCUGCUUCCGCUUCCGCUUCCGCACCGAGAGUAUGGCUGGAAGGCACACCAUUGUUCUCGUGCAACCAUCUCCAAACAAAGCGUCCAGAACUUUUAUGGACUUCAGUUCACUCAACCAAGCACUGGACGGUAUCUGUGCUCGUUAUGAAAAGAAAAUCAUGGAUAUCAACCCGAUGGCCAGGAACUUCACUUAUGACAUCACCGACCUGUACAAUUUCAUCGAUGGACUAGCGGACAUCAGUGCCCUAGUGUAUGAUCAUCAACUUCAAGCUUUUCUGCCAUAUGACAGGCAGUGGAUAAAACAGAAGAUGUUCCAGCACCUCAAGAACCAGGCACGGCAGUAGCCAGCCGCUGGUUCUGAUUAACAGAAGCAAGUGUACAAGGUGGUAUCUGCCGGUUGUCUGUAGUUUCGGGUUGGUGUGAGAGAUCUAGGGUUCAUGUGCUAAUUGUAAGAGAGAAGAUGAUCGAUUUGCUAUCUGCCAUUUCUGACGUGACACUGUAGUAUAAAUGAAAGGCUUGCCUGUGUGUGUCUGGCCAUGAACGGAUGAGCGAUUAGUAUGAUAAUAAAGUGAUCACUUUGUCUUCAAAUUUGACAACACUUUGUCCUCAUUCAAAUUUCAGUUAUUCAA